GUGUGUGUGUGUGUGUGUGUGUGUGUGUGUGUGUAUUUUCAGAGUCUCUAGUGGGCCCAUCUAAUUCUAAUUCUUGAAGAAUAUUGGCCAAUGUGAUUAUCGCUUGUUUUCUUGAAACUUUCAACUUUAUGGGUUUUCUGUUUUGUGUUUUGAGACAGGAUCUCUCUAUGUAGUCUUGGCAGUUGCUUGGAACUACUUGGAAAGGUAGACCAGGUUGGCUUCCAAUUCACAGAGCUUCUCCUUGCCCCUGCCUCUGGAGUGCUGGGAUCACAGGACAAUAACCACAGGACAGGCUGGGGAGCCAUCUUUUGGGGGCCAUCUUCGUGUCAACGGCUAUUUUCUCACUAGGAAAGAGACCAUAUUUCAAAAUGAAUGAGGAUUCCUGACUUUAGAUGGACAAUGCAAAGGACGAUGCAUCAGUCUUUUUGUCUUCUGUCUCCGCAGUCUACGAGCUUUCAGCGAGUGGACUCAACUAAAAUAGGGUGGUAGGAAAAGAGGCAGACGGAACUGACUCAAAAAUGUCGACCCCCCCCCCCCCCGACCAGGGGAGGGCUCUCCGGGUCGCCACUCCAAAACCCCGGCCCGCCCCGUCCUCCUCCGGUACAUUAACGGCCUGCUCCGCCCCGGAAAUGCGUUUCGGUCUCCGCUCUCGUAGCUAUGCCGUACGUCGCGAGAUUUCCGCGUCCGACGCCCAGAUCGCGCGAGACUGCGGAGGGAGCUGAUGCUUGUGGCGCGCGCGGCGGCCGCGACGGACGCAAGAUGGCGACGGCGACUAUAGCUCUCCAGGUCAAUGGCCAACAAGGAGGAGGGUCGGAGCCAGCAGCAGCGGCUGCAGCGGCGGCGGCGGCAGUGGUGGCAGCAGGAGACAAAUGGAAACCUCCACAGGGCACAGAAUCCAUCAAGAUGGAAAAUGGACAAAGCACAGGCACCAAGCUGGGGCUGCCUCCCCUGACGCCCGAGCAGCAGGAGGCCCUCCAGAAGGCCAAGAAAUAUGCAAUGGAGCAGAGCAUCAAGAGUGUGCUGGUGAAACAGACCAUCGCGCACCAGCAGCAGCAGCUCACCAACCUGCAGAUGGCAGCAGUGACAAUGGGCUUUGGAGAUCCUCUCUCACCUUUGCAAUCGAUGGCAGCUCAACGGCAGCGGGCACUGGCUAUCAUGUGCCGGGUCUAUGUGGGCUCCAUCUACUAUGAGCUGGGAGAAGACACUAUUCGCCAGGCCUUUGCUCCCUUUGGCCCCAUCAAGAGCAUUGAUAUGUCCUGGGACUCCGUUACCAUGAAGCAUAAGGGCUUUGCCUUCGUGGAGUACGAGGUCCCAGAAGCUGCGCAGCUCGCUUUGGAGCAGAUGAACUCUGUGAUGCUUGGGGGCAGGAACAUCAAGGUGGGAAGACCCAGCAACAUUGGACAAGCCCAACCCAUCAUAGAUCAGCUGGCUGAGGAAGCUAGGGCUUUCAACCGAAUAUAUGUGGCCUCUGUACAUCAAGACCUGUCUGAUGAUGACAUCAAGAGUGUAUUUGAAGCCUUUGGCAAGAUCAAGUCUUGUACGCUGGCCCGGGACCCCACAACUGGCAAGCACAAGGGCUAUGGUUUUAUCGAAUAUGAGAAGGCCCAGUCGUCCCAGGAUGCUGUGUCCUCCAUGAACCUCUUUGAUCUGGGUGGCCAGUACUUGAGGGUGGGCAAGGCCGUCACACCCCCCAUGCCCCUGCUAACACCUGCCACGCCUGGAGGUCUCCCGCCUGCUGCUGCUGUGGCCGCAGCUGCAGCCACGGCCAAGAUUACAGCUCAGGAAGCAGUGGCUGGAGCAGCAGUGCUGGGUACUUUAGCCACACCAGGACUAGUGUCCCCAGCACUGACACUGGCCCAGCCCUUAGGGGCCCUACCCCAGGCUGUCAUGGCUGCCCAGGCCCCUGGAGUCAUCACAGGUGUGACACCAGCCCGCCCUCCUAUUCCGGUCACCAUCCCCUCUGUGGGAGUAGUGAACCCCAUUCUCGCCAGCCCGCCAACGUUGGGUCUGUUGGAGCCCAAGAAGGAGAAGGAAGAGGAGGAGCUGUUUCCUGAGUCAGAACGGCCAGAGAUGUUGAGUGAGCAGGAGCACAUGAGCAUCUCGGGCAGCAGUGCUCGCCACAUGGUCAUGCAAAAGCUACUCAGAAAACAGGAGUCUACAGUGAUGGUUCUCCGAAACAUGGUGGACCCCAAGGACAUCGAUGACGACCUGGAGGGAGAGGUGACAGAGGAGUGUGGCAAAUUUGGUGCUGUGAACCGGGUCAUUAUCUAUCAAGAAAAACAGGGCGAAGAGGAAGAUGCAGAAAUCAUCGUCAAGAUUUUUGUGGAAUUCUCCAUGGCCUCAGAGACUCACAAGGCCAUCCAGGCCCUCAAUGGGCGCUGGUUUGGUGGUCGCAAGGUGGUGGCUGAAGUGUAUGACCAGGAGCGUUUUGAUAACAGCGACCUCUCCGCGUGACUUUGGCCUCAUUUCCUGGACUUGCACUUGCCCCUUCCUUCCUUUGGGUUUUGUAAAGUGUUAACCGUGGUGUGUCCCUGGGACCAGGCACUCUGCCCAACCCACCCUGUAGUGUACAUAAAGAUGCAGAUACCACUGGC